UGUUGUGAUAAACUUAUUAAAUAGUGAGUUUGAUAUCCAUUGCAAUGGAAAGAUUUUAUCUCUGGAGUGCGACUCUUGACAAGGCCAACAAAGUUAAACAAUGGGCUUCAAGUGACGACGAAGAUGUGCGCAUUUUAAGCUUCAGUUAUGUUUUCCUUGGUGAUAGCAGCAAACAAUGGGAGCUGAAUGUUGUAAACAUAGAGUAUACGGACGUUGAUGGAGAAGAUGUCAGCAGUGUUUUUUGUGUCCUGCAGAAAGGAGUGACGGACACUAUUCAAAUCCAGCUGAAAACCUCAGAAGACUUCAAGCUUGUUCUCAAAAAAGGAAAUGGUCCAGUGUACGUCAUGGGAACUCAGAGUACCAAGUUUGUCAAUGACAUGGAUGAUGCGAGUAUGGACGAUGAAGAAGAUAUGGACGAAGAAAGCGCGGCAUCUCCUGUGAAAUUGGUGAAAGAAGAAGAAGACAGCGAAGUCGAAGGCCCAGAGAGAGCGGAGAAAUCCCCUCCUGCCAUGAAGAAGAAAAUCGAAGAACCAAAGGUAUCAAGCAAGCCUGAGCCGAGCAAAAAGCCUGAAGCUGCUAAAUCAGAUGAAACAAAGACUGCGAAGAUCCCAUUACCUGCGAUGGAUCCAGAGGAAGACGAUGAUGAAGAUGAAGGUGACGAAGUACCGAUGCUAGAAACAAGCAAAGAUGGAGAAGGUGACAUGGAUGAUGACGAGGGAGAAUACGAAAAACAUUUAAAUGAAAUUAAGAAAUUGAAGGCAAAGUUGGAUUUGGACGACUCAGAAGAUGAUGAUUACGACGAUGUUGAAGACAUCUUGGAGGAAGAAGACGAUGAUGAAGGUACUGCAACAAGUGCGAAGAAGAAUAAAGACAAGCGAGCUUCGGAGCCGCCAGCUGCCCAGCCGACGAAAGGGACAACAGACUCGAAGAUAAAAGAGAACACACAGGCUGUCAACUCAGAAAGCACAUCAGCUUCGGGAAAGAAAUCUAAGAAAGAGAAAAGGAAGUCGAUGCCUGUGACGUGGACAUUUGAGUCGGCCAAGAAUUUUCUCUCUGAGGGUAAAGUGGCCAUGCCCGAGACAGAGGAGAAGUUCACCAACUUUGCUAACAACAGAUUCCAAAUCAACGACAAGAAAGUCGUCAAGCAACUGUGGAACCACUUCAUCAAAAACUAGAGGCAAGUAACCUAACAAACAAAGACAGAUCACCUGUGCUGGUCUUCUGCAAUGGACACGUGAAUGAAACUCGCUUGUUUUCUUUUUGCUCCCCGAGGCUACAUUUGUUGAUGAUUUCCUUAUGUUAACUUGAAAGCUUCCUUAUCAUAACUUGAGUGCAGAUUUAUUAUUAGACUGCAGGCCACAGUCUUUUUGCCAAAAACUAUGCUGAAAAAUUUGUCUUGUCAUAAGUCGAGCAAAUCUCUA